AUGGCUCGUGGUCUUGGCUCGAUCGCGGUUCUAGCUUUGGCUUUUACGGUGGCGUUGGCUGCGGACCAUAGUCCUCUUCAAGAUUUUUGUGUUGCUGAUUUGAACGGUCAAGUAAUGGUGAACGGGUUCGCUUGCAAAAACCCGAAUAUGGUCCAAGCGAAUGACUUCUACUACAGUGGUCUCCAUAUGAUGGGGAACACUUCGAAUGCAUUGGGGUCCAGUGUGACCCCGGUGUUUGUGUUCCACCUGCCAGGAUUGAACACCCUUGGGAUCUCGCUUGCUCGGCUCGACUUUGCACCAUGGGGCGUCAUCCCACCUCACACUCAUCCUCGUGCUACGGAAAUCUUGACCGUCUUGGAAGGUCAGAUUCAGGUUGGAUUUGUGACAUCAAACCCUGAAAAUCGUCAUAUUUCCAAGACAUUGAAUAAGGGUGACGUUUUUGUAUUCCCUGUGAACCUUGUGCAUUACCAGCGAAACAUUGGAAACACUUAUGCGGUUGCAGUGGUGGCGUUGAGUAGCCAGAACCCUGGAGUGAUUCCUAUAGCAAGUGCAGUAUUUGGUUCCAAUCCAGAUAUAUCGACCGAUAUUCUUGCAAAGGCCUUCCAAGUGAGCGAUGAUGUUAUUAGCGAUAUGCAACUUAAGUUUUAG